UGUCCACUGGGACAGACUACAUUGCGGUGUUCACGAGUGUCAGGAAGACGUUUCUGUACCUUCUGUUUGGUGUAUCAAGAAAUACAUUGUAGAACAUGGGUGCAGGAGCGAGCAACACGAAGGGUCUCAUACAGCAAGUCAAGAAGGGACCCCACAGACUGAAGCACCACCUGGAAAACCCUGCUGUCGUCCGUACAAACGUCGGAGUUCCCGUCGUGGCGCUUCUGAACCAAGAGACCAUCCAGUAUAUCUUUAACACGGAUUUAGUGGACAAGGAGAGGUACUAUUUAGGAUACGUCGGCGUACGCGAAGAGCUAACCCAUGGAUACUGCCCGUCCAUGUUCGUCAACGGCGAAGAACAUCGUCGGAAGAAAGCGUUCUUGAUCGACGCCUUGCAGCGAUCUCGGGAGACGCUUCCGUCCGUUCUCAAUGCACACAUCCUGUCGCACUUCGAAGAGUGGUCACGAGCCAGAGUGGUCACGGACUUUGAAGACAGAGUGUUCUUUUUGGUCAGUGAUGUGAUGACAGAGUCGGUAUUUGGGAGUAAAGUGGACGGCCGCCUGGCCCUGAAUUGGUUACAAGGACUGAUGAAGAUCAGGACGAGGAUACCGAUACCCUCUAUAGCUAGAGCAAAGCAGCACACACUCGCCUCGGCAGCCCUCCCAGUUCUUCUGAAAACCAUCCAGGAAUCACCAAAAUACCAAGAGUUGAUCGGACUGUGUCACGCCCACGGCAUCGAGGAAGAAGAAGACGGCAUCGUCAGUGUCAUUUUUGCUGUCAUUUUCAACGCAGUGGCGGCAUCGUCGAGCGUCAUUGUCACCUUCAUCGCUCGUUUGUACAAGGAGUGUCACGGAAGCCGAGAAAACAACCUCCUUCGAGCGACGCUAGAAGUUCUUAAGAAACACGGUGGCAUCACGGAAGAAAGUCUCGACGACAUGAAGCUUCUAGAAAGUUUUCUACUAGAGGUUUUGCGCCUACACCCACCUGUCUUCGACUUUUUCGGAGUGGCAAAACAGGACUUCGUGAUUUCGACGAGAAAAGAAAAGGUUGAGGUCCGCAAGGGAGAGCAGCUGCUCGGUAGUUGCUUCUGGGCGCAGCGUGACGUGUCCGUGUUCCUCCGGCCAGGACUUUUCCGGUGUAAUCGCUUUCUGGAUGAAGAAGGGGGUGGGGACAAGAGGAAACAUCUUGUCUUUCCACAUGGAAGUCUUACGGAGCCUCCUGACUUGGACAGCCACCAAUGUCCUGGACAGGGCAUCGCUUUCUUCUUGAUGAAAGCGACCCUAGCGGUUCUGCUGAGCUACUGCAGCUGGGAGUUGAAGUCCAUCCCGGUGUGGUCAGACAAAACGGCCCGAUUGGGGAAACCGGACGACCUGGUCUCUCUUACGCGGUUUGAGUUUAACUCGAACAAGGCCAGACGUGUGAUGGGGCCAUAGAGCGUUUUCAUGCCAGACUGACUGCAAUGCUGGUGUUAUUGACUUGCGUUGUUCAAGGUGCCAAUGGGGAAACGUGUAGCAAGCUCUCAGCCUGCAAAGUUUCUGUCCUAGGCCCGUUGAAAGUACGACAUGGCUCUUCUCUAAUAAUACCUCCUGGAAGUUUGAAAUCUCAGAUUUCUUGUUAUAAUCGGUAUUUUUCCAUGUGCUGGGCCCUUCAUGAAGGAAUGUUUUGGACACGGACUGAAUGAAUGUUUAUACAUCCCUGGUCUUCCUUAUGUCAAAUGGCCUGCUCACAUUCGUCCCACCGUUGAAGCAGAUUGAGUACUAGUACAUUCUUGACUUAGUCGUACAGAUGUCGUACAAAUUUCCCAGAUUCCCAUUGGUGGUUGGUUCAGUCACAGCCAGUCUAAAAAUUGUACGGGACCACUUUGCACGACGACCUACGAUGAAUGUGACCGCGCCGUGCGAUGUUUCUGAUUGGCAGAGCGCGAAAUAUAUGCUCGCCAAAGGUCGCGAAUAAUUGUUUUCUACAUAACGACUGCUUAACUGUUGUGUAAAUCAUCCUCCAUGCCGUGAUCACAUUUCAGAUAAGCCGUCUCUUAUUCUAGGUGAGAGAAAUAUUUUGGCCACCUUUUCUUAUAGACUCUCUGAAAAUAAAACAUUUUGUAAGAGUUCAGAUCAGUGUACACUAGUAAACAACCCUUUAUAAAGAGACUGUUUUGAGUGCCACACCAGUUGAGACAUUGUUCUAAUCGGCCACCUGUUGUUCCUGUGAUGGGAGUUUGCCGUAAGGUGCCGGGCCUUUGUUUUACCUGUCAGUUACCUGUAGAUACCCUCCGGCUGAACACCUGGUGCGCCUAAACACACUCUGUUGUCGAGGCGAGUUUCUUGCUACAUCUGUCACUGUCUUGUCAAGAGUGAAACAAUCUUACCUGGACAAAAAUGUGAAUACUAGGGACAUAAAGUACAAAUGUAGUUGAAUUGAUACUGAAUUGAGUUAUAUUUCACACUUCAUGAAUAAAAUCGUCCUGAGAAA